AGUGUUUAAGAUAUACCUAUUGUGUAAUGAUACUUAUUUUGAAGUUGCUUUUCCUAAGCCUUGUGGGCAUUGGAGAUGGGGCCCGAAUUCUGGCACCUUUUUUCCUGCCUGUAAAGAGCCACUUCAUGAUGACAAAUGCUAUUAUAAGAGAACUGGUAAAACGUGGACACGAGGUCACAUUCAUAACCCCCUUAUCGUUGGCCAAGGAAAACCUGGGCCCAAAUUACACGGAAAUUCUACUGCCCCAUUAUGACACAUGGGCAGAUAUAUCUGCAAUGAUGAAGACCACUUCGGCGCUGGAUUUGAUCAACAUGUCGACCAUGACUCAUAUGCACCUGGGCCAACACAUUGGUAUCAAGUCAACGGAUUUUGCACUGGCCCAACCUGAAGUUCAGGAGCUAAUUCACGCCAAGGACAAGAUCGGGAAAUACGAUCUUCUCCUGGUGGAACAGUUCUACAACGAAGGCGCUCUUAUGCUCGGCCACAUCUACCAAAUACCCGUCAUCAGCAUAGCGACCUUUGCCUACGCCAACUACUUCAGCCAAAUCUUUGGCCUUAUAAACCCCUUAUCUUAUGUCCCGAAUGUGUUUUUGUCCUGCACCGAUAGAAUGACUCUGCGGGAGCGAUUGGAAAAUGUCGUGAUAAGCGCUGCUGAGGAUGUGGUUCGGGAAGUGUCCUACUACCCGGCUCAGGACGCCAUUAUCCGGAAGUAUUUUGGCAAGUUAAUGCCGGAAGUGCCGACGGUUAAGCAACUGGAAAGGAACAUCUCACUUAUACUUCUGAACAGCUACAUGCCGCUGACGUCUGCGAGACCAAUGGCCCAGAACAUGAUUUCGGUGGGCGGCCUGCAUAUCCAGCCCCCCAAACCUCUGCCAGAGAGUAUAAAAAAGUUCCUUGAUGAUGCAGAGUUCGGUGCUGUCUACUUUAGCUUGGGAUCCCAAGUGCGCAGCGCUGACAUGCCACCUGAGAAAAUCGAGAUGUUCCUUUCCGUCUUCGCCAGCCUAAAGCAACGUGUCCUUUGGAAAUUCGAAGGCGACCAGUUGUCGAACAUUCCCGACAAUGUCCGGAUUGAGAAGUGGUUGCCCCAGUCAGACAUACUGGCCCACCCGAAGGUAAAGGCUUUCAUUGCCCACGGCGGGCUCUUUGGGACGCAGGAGGCAGUCUAUCACGCGGUUCCGGUGCUCGGAAUGCCCUUCUACUUCGACCAGGCUCUGAACAUAAAGGCGGGCCAAGCUGCUGGGUACGCCAUUGGAUUGGAUUAUCGCACUAUUUCGGAGGAUCUGCUCAAAUCUGCGCUUACUGAACUUCUAACGAAUCCCAUGUACAAAACCAACGUGGAUAAAGCAUCUCGGAUAUUUCGCGACCGUCCCCUUGGGGCCAUGGACACGGCUAUCUACUGGAUUAACUAUGUAAUUGAACACCGCGGAGCUCCGCAUAUGGUGGCAGCAGGAGUUCAUCUCCCCUGGUUCCAGUUUUAUCUGCUGGACGUCUGCUUAAUUUUACUGAUAGUUACUCUACUUCCAUUUUGGACUUUGUACGCCAUUUAUCGAAAGGUGAAGUCCUUGCGAAGGACAGAAUCCUUGGAUAAAAAGGACAAUUAGAAUGAAUGUAAGAUGACGUUGAUGGUUACAUUAAAAAUGAUAUCUCAAACUAGUAGCUAAUUUAUUUAGUCUGCAAAUAAACAAUGAUUGUA